CACACACACGCACACACACAGUCCGGCGGGAAAGGCGCGCGCAGCUGAAUGAAACGGAGCGCAUGGAGCACGCGCAGGAACUUUGACAGCCGAACUUGUGAAAAUAACGGGAAAUUCUGCAAACUGUAUUUGCGUUGGUUACGAAUCCUAGUCUGUGUCUGACACCAGGAGUGCAGCGAUGCUGGCGCGUGAGGCUCGAGCGUCUUGUCUAAUCUCAGUUAGUCUAAUCUUAUCUGAUUUUCUUUGCGGAAUGCUUGCUUUCAACUUGGAUGUGGAAAAUCCCGCUGUGUUCAGUGGAGCCGCUGGGAGUUACUUUGGAUACUCAGUGGACUUUUACCAUCCGACGCAGGACAGGAGCGCUGUGUCAGUGCUGGUCGGGGCUCCCAAAGCCAACACCACCCAGCCCGGUAUUGUGGAAGGAGGUGCGGUUUAUUACUGCUCCUGGCCCCCAUCAGAGCAGGACUCCUGCCGCGAGAUCCCUUUUGAUAAAGCAAAUAACAGGAUGGUUAAGGUGAAUGGGACACGGGAGCCGUUGGAGUACAAAUCCCACCAAUGGUUUGGAGCUACUAUCCGAACACACAGGGGUAAAGUCGUGGCCUGUGCGCCUCUUUAUCACUGGCGAACAGUGAAGAGCAGUGGUGAGAUGGAUCCAGUGGGCACAUGCUAUGUUGCUGUGCAGAACUUCAGUGCAUAUGCAGAGUACUCACCAUGCAGAACAAAUAAUCCGGACCCUGAAGGACAAGGGUUCUGUCAGGCCGGCUUCAGUGUGGACUUCACAAAGGACGGGACAUUAGUACUAGGAGGACCAGGGAGCUUCUACUGGCAAGGUCAAGUGAUGACUGCAGGAGUUGCAGAAAUCUUGAAUGGCUACUCUUUGAAGGCAAUACUCCGAAAGGUGCAAGGAGAGAAGCAGACGACAGCCGCCUCAGACGCCUAUGACGAUAGCUACUUGGGGUACUCUGUAGCUGUAGGAGAGUUCACCGGUGAUUCACAACAAGAGUUGGUAGCAGGAGUUCCACGAGGAGCGCAGAACUUCGGUUAUGUUGCAGUGAUAAACUCCACAAGUCUCACCCUCAUACAGAAUUUUACCGGAGAGCAGAUGGCUUCAUAUUUUGGUUACACUGUGGCUGUGACCGACGUUAAUGGAGAUGGGCUGGAUGAUGUUUUGGUCGGAGCUCCUCUGUAUAUGGAUCGGGAGUUUGAGAGUAAGCCACGAGAGGUGGGCCAGGUUUACCUUUACCUACAGGAGGAUACACUGCUCUUCUCACCUCCCAUAACACUCACCGGUAUACAUUUGUUUGGACGCUACGGUAGCGCCAUCACUCCUCUUGGAGACAUCAAUCAGGAUGGCUACCUAGAUGUGGCAGUGGGAGCUCCGUUUGCAGGCGAGGACCGCGGCGGUUGUGUGUUUAUUUAUAACGGUGAGAGGUCUGGUUUAAGAAUGAAGGCCUCGCAGGUGCUCAAAGGAUCCUGGGCUCCAACUAGAAUUCCAGCAGGCUUUGGGUUUACACUGCGUGGUGACUCAGAUCUGGACAACAACCAGUACCCUGAUCUUCUUGUUGGGGCUUUUGGAGCUGACAAAGUGGUGGUGUACAGAGCAAGACCCGUGGUUACGGUGGACGCUCAACUCAUCCUAACUCCCAAAAUCCUCAACCCGGAGAAUAAGACCUGCCUCAUGCCCAAGUCUAACAGCAUGGUUCCCUGUUUGAGAGUAGAUGUCUGUGCUAAAGUCUCUGGAAUUGGCAUCCCUGAUCGUGUCGCUUUGAACAUGGAGCUGCAGUUGGACUCGUUAAAGCAGCGAGGCGCAGUGAAGCGGGUUCUGUUCCUCGACUCACAUCAGUAUCAUCGUUCACUGCAGAUGUUACUGGGCCAGCGGGAUCGCCAACGAUGUCUCAACCAUAUCAUCUACCUACGGGAUGAGACUGAAUUCAGAGAUAAGCUGAGUCCCAUCAGUGUAGCUCUGAACUACAGUCUGGAUCAGACAUCUCCUUUAUCUGGCCUCCAGCUACGACCCAUACUGGACCACUACAGCAUGACCUUGCACCGCGAACAGGCGAACAUCUUGUUGGACUGUGGAGAGGACAACAUGUGUGUCCCAGAUCUUGAGCUCUCUGCUAAAAUGGACCGGACAGACCUGGCGAUUGGUGAUGAAAACCCACUGCUGCUUACCAUCAUUGCAGCCAAUCAUGGAGAAGGCGCAUAUGAGGCGGAGCUUGUGUUGCGUCUCCCACCGGAGGCAGACUACAACGGCAUGGAACGCCGACGGGAGGACCUACAGAUCCUGAAUUGUGAGCACAGGAUGGAAAAUGACACCCAGUUGGUUGUGUGUGAAUUAGGAAACCCAAUGGUGGCUGGAGCAAACGUGUCUAUUGGUUUGCGGUUCUCUGUCCAGCGGUUAGAAGACGCUGAAGCUCACAUUGGCUUUGCAAUGCAGAUUCACAGCACCAACAAAGAUAACCCAAAGAGUAACCUUGUGAAUUUGACUCUCAACGUUGUCGCACGAGCACAGGUGGACAUCCGAGGUGUCUCUCUACCAGCUCAGGUGGUUCUUCCUUUUCCUCACUGGGAGCCUAAAGAGAACCCAGUCAGAGAGGAUGAGAUUGGACCUCAGAUUCAACAUAUUUAUGAGCUCUAUAACACAGGUCCAAGUUCUGUGAGUGGCACAGUUUUGGAGGUGGGAUGGCCCAGUCGUUAUCGAGAGGAGCAUUUGCUCUAUGCCAUGGAGAUCAUCACUGAUGGACCGAUUCACUGUCACAUCAAUGGCUCACUGAACCCUUUGGAGCUCGAGACGUCAACUUUGCAAGACACACCAGAGCUGCUGGGUUUUCUGCGCAACAACAGCGGGCCGACUCGUCGUAGGAGAUCUGUUACAACCACACAGAGCUACAGCAGCAAAACACUGAAUUGCUCUAAUAUCCAUUGCCUGAUGCUGGAGUGCAUUGUGGGCCGUUUGGAUCAAGGACAGAGUGCGGUGGUCAAAAUCCGAUCAAGACUCUGGGCUCACACCUUCCUACAGAGGCGGAACGACCACUACCUCGUCAACUCUACUGUGUACUUCAGAGUAACAGGCAUGCCUUACCGCAUCAAGCCACGUACCCUGCCACAGCAGAGCAACUCGAUUGGUACGUAUGUCGUAUGGGCGAUUCCUGAUCUGUCCUUUGCCAUUCCUCUGUGGGUGAUUAUUCUGGCCAUUUUACUGGGGUUGCUGGUGCUCGCCAUCCUAACCCUAGUUAUGUGGAAGUGCGGAUUCUUCGAUCGAGCACGGCCACCAAAAGACGACAACGUAUCAGACCAGGAGCAUCUGACGGCCGAGAAAUCAACAGAGGCGUAAACGGAAGAAGAGGCAAAACAAGAAUGUGAAAGAAAUAGCCAUGAAGACGGUGUGUGAGUGUUGAUAGAGGGAAUUUGAUAGAGGUACUGUAUGUCAAGAGCACCUGAAAUAGCGAUCCGACCCUCUCUCCCAUGCUGCACUGGGAUCUGUGAGCUGGGUCAUUCUGUCGUUCAUGGCAAACUUCACUCCAGUCAGGCAUGACAUGGGUUUCUGGAUCUGAGUUUCCUUUUCUCAGAUCCCUCAAGGGCUGUGAAAAGAGAACCAUCAAACAGUUAAAGACAACAAGAGAAAAUCCUGCUUCUCGUGUUAUAAACAGAGACGACAAUCAUCACACACCCCCAGAUUGAAGGAUGCACACUGGGAAAAUGGGAUUCCUCUUUAAAGCACAGCUCACUUUUGCCUUAAGAACUGUAACACUGCUGAGAGUUUCUAUGAGCUGUAAGAUGAGCUUUUCCAAAUCUUUUUCUUAACUGUUUUUGCAGGUCUUAAAAUCUUCUGUGAGUGCCUAUACACCCAAACACAUACACACACACACACACACACACACACACACACACACCCAUACACACACACAC